AUGGCACUAUAUGUUGCCCUUUGGUUGGCAUCCGGAGUUGUCCUAUCCCUGCUUACCUUUCUUGCUUUGAAUAAACCCCAGAAGGAUGUGGUUCUCAGGAGACUAGGCCUCGCAAGACACAAUGCAUCCCGCCCGAGCACGCCGUUGCUCGAGAAGCAACCGCUCUCGAAGCCGCUGUCAUCAUCAACUUCAGAUCUUUACUCGACUUUACCCCCUUCUCAAAGGGGUCAACUUAGUACCAUGGCGGAAAAUAUGUCCCCUGAUCAAAAGGAAGCGCUAGGCAAUCUUUCGUUCGACAUGGACACAUUCGCGCACUCACUGCUGGGUCUCGAAGAGGAUUACCGGACUGCGGACGACUCCAAGUAUUGCUUCAGCGGCUUCUCAGUGCGUGAACUCAAAGCACUAGGAGACUUCCCCGACUACUCGGUGCUCUCGGAGGUCCCUAUGCCCCAACCAUACUUAGAAUUUGAUAUCGACCGCGCUAAACCGCGGCCAUAUCGGCCAUUUAGGUGGGCAUACCAUCAGACCAUGUCCUUGACGAAGCUGGAGACCGACUGGUGGAUCGAGCUGGAAUCAACCUACAAGACCCGGAUUGCGCAGCGCAAAGAACUCUACGCGACACAUGGAAAGGCCGUGCUAAAUUGGCUCCCCGGCUCGGAGCUUGCAUGCAAAGAGCUGAUGGAGAUGGUACUGCAAUUCAUAUGCGCGCGGUAUCCGCAGUACUUUGUGCUGUCGCCGGACAAGUCACAGUUAGAGAACAAGAUCCUAGGCACGGUGUCCACGAUUAAGGAGAAGCAUCCCCUCCUUAUCCUAUUAGAUAAUGUUCCGGAAGACUUCAACAUCAUGCUGCGGGAUCCGGAGACCGGCUACUACCACCUCCGCGCUGGUAUGACAUGUUCGUCCUUAGGAUGGAAUUUGGGAACCAAGAUGGGCCUUAAGCUUCACGAGAUACACCAACCAAUCCCGGAUUACAAGGAGAAGAUGCAGUUUAGUAUGGAUCGUUACUUCUCCAAGAUGCCCGCCAGCAAGCCCAUCCAGCGCGGGUCCUGGGGGCUCGAGGUAGACCAGCCGCUCUACAUGCCGCCGGGAGACCCGCACGAAGGCUACCGAGAUACCCAAGACCCGGACGUAUCGCGAUCUCGUAUCCACCUGCGCGUAGACUGGCAGACACUACGCCGGCUCCCGCUGUCGGCCGGAGUCGUAUUCAACUUCAAGGCAUUGUUCACACCCCUGGAAGAACUGCGGGACGAACCGUACGUCCCGAGUCUCGUAUUAAAGGUCUUGAAGGAGGGCAAGGAGAAUCUCAUGAAGUACAAGAAUACCUGGCAUACGGAGCACGUGGUGAUUCCGGCCCUGGAAGAAUUCGAGAGAGAGCAGAUCGAAAAGGGCAUUAUCGAGAAGGACUGGGAACCUAGGACCCUUGAUGACAGCCCCUGGUUUCCUGGAUGGCGGGAGAAGUGGCAUGCGCAACAGGGGUUCUGA